CUUACACAUUGAGAGAAUUUGAUGAGUCAAAGUGCUUAGAUGAACAGUUCCAAAAGUCAAAAGUGGACGAGUAUAGCGGGACGGAGGUAGUAGUACUCUGUCUGAAGUGUAGUGCCUUAUCGUCAUCCCCUAAAGACUCAGAGAAGAAAAUUUCAGUAUUGUACAUGUCCAGAGGGAGGGAGAAAAACACAAAGAUGGACAUGAUUGUGUUGGGCACAACAACAUGGGUUUGGUCAGCAGUAACAUUAGCCUGGGUAGUUGUUGCAGUAACAGCCAUAAUAAUAGCUCAUCACUACACCACAAGAAAGAAGGGGUUGGUGCCCCCAGGUCCUAGAGGGCUCCCAAUAAUAGGGCACCUCCAUCUUCUAGGCAAAAACCCUCACCAAGACUUGCAAAAGCUGUCCCAAACCCAUGGCCCCAUCAUGCGCCUGCGGCUGGGAAGCGUGGACACCGUCGUGGCUUCCUCGCCGCAGGCUGCAGAACUGUUCCUCAAAACACACGACCUCAAUUUCGCGACCAGACCGCCCAUGCGCAUCGCCGACUUCUUGACGUACGACAAGAAGGGGGCAGUGUUGGGCAGGUAUGGGCCGGUCUGGCGCGAAAUGAGGAAGCUCUACGUGAUAGAGCUCCUCACCAACCACAAGAUGGGUUCAUUCGAGUCCCUAAGAAGGGAAGAGUUGUGCCUUCUCGUGGAAUCUCUCAAGCAGGCGGCGGCGGCGGAUUUGAGUGCCAAGGUGGCAUGCAUGAACAUGAACAUCAGCUGUAGGAUGUUGUUUGGUAAGAAGUACGAGGACAAGGACAUUGGCGAUGAGAAAGGGUUCAAGGUGGUCAUUGACCAGGCCAUUCAUUUGAUCAGUGCCACCGACCUUGGGGACUAUUUCCCUUUGUUGUCCAAACUUGAUGUCCAAGGGUUGAGUCGAAGGGCCAGAGUGGUGAUGAACCUCUUUGACCAAUUCUUUGAGAGGAUCCUUGUGGAGCAUGAAAACAAACCGAGUCCAACGUCAACGACGACGGAGGACUUUGUUGAUAUCAUUUUGGCCAUGGUCAGAAAUAAGCGGACUUCCUUUCCCUUCACGCGCGAUCAUAUCAAGUCCAUGAUGUUGGACGUGCUUGUAGCUUCAAUGGACACAGCUUCAACAGUGGUUGUGUGGGCGAUGUCAGAACUCAUUAAGAACCCAACAAAAAUGAAGAGGUUGAAGGAGGAAUUAGAGAGGCAAGUGGGACUUCAUAGAAUGGUAGAGGAGAAGGAUUUGGAGCACUUGAAAUAUUUAGAAUUGGUGAUAAAAGAGACCUUAAGGUUGCACCCCACUGCACCACUAUUAAUCCCUCGUGCGGCCAUCGAAGACUGCACGGUCAGCGACUUUCACGUGCCCAAAAACGCAAUGCUUAUGAUAAACGUUUGGGCAAUCGGGCGUGACCCGAAUGUGUGGAGCGACCCCGAGAAGUUCGUGCCAGAAAGAUUUGAGGGAAGCAAUGUCGAUUACCGAGGUCGACAUUUUGAACUGCUCCCGUUUGGUUCGGGGAGACGAAGUUGUCCUGGUUUGGAGCUUGGAAUAACAAUGGUUCGCCUAAUGGUUGCACAACUUGCCCAUUGCUUUGAUUGGCGUCUUCCAAACGCCACGGUACCUCAAGACUUAGACAUGACCGACAAGUAUGGUUUGGUUAUGAAUCGGGUCCACAACUUGGUAGUCGUCCCUACUUACAGGUUACUUGUUUAAUUUAUACGUGGCAGCUAGCUGGCAGGUAAAUUUCACCGGUGAUACUUGAACUUUGAAGACUUUUUUCAUUUUGGUAUAGUGCUGCAGGCGGGUAAAUUUCACCAGCAGCGCCCACUUUUUCAUAUAUAUACUUCCUCCGUCCCAGGAUGAUUUACAGUUUUACUAUUUGAGUUUCCCGAUAAUUUUAAUGCACUCGUGUAGUCCUGUUA